CAUGGUGAUCUCUGAUUGGGCAGAACAAUUUCUAUAAGUACUAGCGAGCGAAUGAACAACGAACAUUCUGAAAUUAUCAAACUGAAUAUCAUUUGUGGAAAAUAAGAAUUUAGAUAACGUAAAAUGAAGAUCGCAAUUUCAUUGAUCCUCGCCUUUUGUUUGGUGAUGCCACCUUACACCUAUGCCCAAGACGGAGAAGCUGUUGCAGUCAACAUGGCAAGGUACUGGGCCAACAAGGCACGUGAGCAACGCGAUAUUAGAGCAAUUCAACAGCGAGUACUGUCGAGGUCUAGGCGACGAAGAAGACGACUUCCACCCGGCACCUUUAUACCACCGUGGGUUGCCUACAAAGCCCCAAACGCUGAAGGAAAGAAAGAACUCGAGCUUGAGGACAUUCAACUGUGGUCAAGCAUGGACAUGGACAAGGAUGGAAAACUUACUAUUGCUGAAUUUGAAAGAUUCUCACGUUCUCCUAACGCUCAAGCUUUCGUUCGCCAAAUGAAGGCUCACAAAGCCGUCGAGACUUGGGCCGAUAAACUCGGAAUCGAUGCUGAAAAGGCAAAGGCAGCUAUGAUGGUCGGUGCCAAUGCUCAACGUCGUCAGACAUACCAACACCAACAAUAUGCCGCUCGUGUCAACGCCCAACGCCGACGUGCAGCUAUUGCUAGACGUAACCAACAAGUUGCUUACCAAAGACAACAACACGCCAACAACUACUGGUCACGACUUGGGAUAAACCCAUACCUACAGCGCCAAUACUACUCUGCCAUGCAAAGACGAGGAGCACGAAGAAGCGACGAAUUGUAAACGACGUUUCCAACUUAAACCAAUCACAGUUUGGUUAGCCUACGCCCACUGAUGCUUUAUUUAGUUUAAAACCAAAAUGACUACACGGCACUAUAAAUAUCAAUAAAACAAAUCGUAUAAGUUUUUUUGCAUAAUGUUUAAAGUACACCUAAACUAAUAAACUAAGUAAUUCUUUAAAAUCAAAAUCUUCGUACUUCGGCACGACAUAUUAUCCUUUCUCUUAGUCAUGUGUAGUUAUAUAUAAGAUACAAUGUAUAGAUGAAAAAUAAAAUUUAGAACAAAUCGGCAAA